AGUCUCACUGCCGCCGAGAAGGCUACACUACUGAACUACGUACGCCAUCCACCUUGCAUGCAAAGGCAUCCAUCCGACCAGUGAUUCUCGUAGAAGCCUCGCUUUCGUCCGAUAGCUGACGCCAACUGAAAGCCCAAUGCCAAAUCUGUAGAGAAACAUCAGUGAACUGUAAUAAAUAGAAACACAGGUACUCGUCUCAUGUUAUCUGCGCAAGCUCCAGGGGACGCCGGAUCCGGGGUCUCUAGUCCUAGGUACAAGACAACUGUAUUCGGACGACCGAAACGUCUCUUGAAUAGGCAUCUCUACGAAAAACGCCCGCCCUCCUUCGACGAACAGCACGAUGCGCAGCGUGCUCGAGAGGUAUCAGACCAGGGCGCCAGUUACGAUGACUUUAACCAUGCGCUGGCGAUCGCGAUGUUGAAGGGCCCCGGCGAUGCGGUCGGAAAACCUCGGCACAAAUUUGCUGAUGAGAGGAGUGGCCAGUUCGCCCUCAUCCUCAAACCUGUACUCUGGCCACCCGAACCGCGGGAGUGCGUCGAAGGUGCCGCGUAUAAACAGGAAAGGUGGAAUCCCAGUCUCCUAGUGGCCAAGCUUCCCGUGCAAGAUAGCUCAGUUCGGACCGAAACGUUUCCUGGCAGAAAGGAUGACCUUGACUUGGCGCUGAUGGCUGCGACGACGAGGGACUUUGGCGAUGCGGUGGGAAAGCCCCGGUAUAGACCUGCUGACAAGAGUGGCCAGUUCGCCUUCACCAUCAAACCCGUGCUCUGGCUUUCUAAACCGGGGAAGCACAUCUCUAGUGUUGCGUUCAAGAGGGAAAGGCGGAAUUCCGGUCUACUGUUCAUCUCGAAUUCAGGUGCUCACAUUCGACUCUAUCUGGCUAUGCCGACGGUGGCUCAACGCCAAUCUGCAGAUGAACAUCAGCAAAUUGUAACAAGUAGAGGCACGGGUACUCAGCUCAAUGUCCGCGCCAACCACAGGCAACGCCGAAUCCGGAACGCCGGACAGCUUAGCUCAGUUCUGACCGAAACGUUUUCUGGCAGAGAGGACGAUCUCGACUCGUUGCUGACAGCUGCGACGACGAAAAUCUUUGGCGAUGCGGUCGGAAAACCUCGGCAUGGACUUGCUGACGAAGAGAGCGGCUGGUUCACCCUCAUCCUCAAACCCGUACUCUGGCUUUCUAAGGAGCACAUCGAUGGUGCCGCAGUUAAGUGGAAAGGGCGGAAUUCCGGUCUAUUGUUCAUCUGGUCCUUGGGUGCUCGCGUUCGACUCAAUCUGUCCAUGGUGGAUGCGCUCUCUCGUUCGAUUGCCGACGCUGGCUCGAACGCCAAAUCCGCAGAUGAACACCAGCAAACUUUAACAGGUAGAGACACGGGCACUCGUCUCAUGUUAUCCGCGCCGACCAUAGGUGACGCUGCAUCCUGGUCUUCCAGCAUUAAUGAUCGCGGCGAGGGAAGGCCCUUGCGAUGUGGUCAGAAAACCCCGGUACAGACUCGCUGGCGAGAAGAGUGGCCAGUUUGCCCUCGUCCUCAAACCCGUACUCUGGCUUUUCGAAUCGUGGGGAGGAAAAUCAGUGGACUGACACAAGUAAAAAUGCGGAUACUCGUCUCAAUGUCCGUGCCAACCAUUGGCGAUGCUGAAUCCGGGUCGUCUAGUCCUAGAGAGGACGACCUUGACUUAGGGCUGAUGGCUGCGAUGGCGAAUGACUUUGGCGAUGGGGUCGGAAAGCCUCGGUACGGAUUUGUUGACGAAGGGAGUGGCCAGUUCGUCUUUGUCUUCAAACUCGCAGAAUUCCGGUCUACUCUCCAUCUCGUACUCGAGCCCUCGCAUUCGACUCAAUCUGUCUAUGGUGGAUGCACCCUCUCGUUCGAUAGCCGGCGGUGGCUCGACGCCAAAUCUGCAGAUGAGCAUCAGCGAACCGUAACAAGUAGGGGCACGGACACUCGUCUCAUGUUAUUCGCGCCAACCUCAGGUGACGCCAAAUCCAAAUCGUCUGGUCCUACGCAAAACAGAUCACUUAGCUCAGUCCGGGUGCAGACAUUUUUCUGGAGAGAUAUUUCCAGAAAGGCAUCCGCCCUGAGCCUCCCUUCUCGAACAGCCUCAAAAACGCUCGAACGCCUCGAGUCUCCUUAUGAUAUCUGCACGACGUGCAGCCUAGCAAUCCAGGACGCCAAGUUGCUAGGGACGGUAAACCACGUUAACCUAUUGUCGUUAUCGACAUCGCCCGCGUCGUCGACUUCGGUAGAGAGACAACUUGACCCGGCGCUGAGGAUCGCGACGAUGAGAGACCCCGCUGAGGCGGCCGGAAAGCCUCGGCACAGACUUGCUUACGAGGGGAGUGGCUAG